AUGGGAAAAUUGGUUGAUGUCUACAUGCCGGUGAGAAGGAACGUGAAAGGGCAAGAGUAUGCCUUCAUCAAAUACAAAGGAGUUGCAGAUAUUGAGGCUAUGGAAAACAGCUUAAACGAAAUAACAGUAGGGCCUAAGAAACUGAUGGCAAAUCUAUCUAGACACCCCAGGAAACCCCCGUUGGAUGCCGCCGCUCCUCCAACUCUCAAGGAGAAAAAUAUGAAUGUUCAACCCCUUCGCAACGUCUACUCUGGGCUAAGGGAUGGGAGAUCGUUUUUUGAUGUCUCUCGUGGACCCACUGUACCCCAGCCACCUCCCACGAUAAACCCGUCGGCCUCUUCCGUUAAGCUGAUUUCAUUUAACAAGUUGUGGUUGGAGAAGAGUGUUUUGAUUGGAGAGGUCAAGGAUUUCGAAACCUUGGAAAAUAUACAAUCGUUAUUAGGACUUGAAGGGUACGGCAACAUUUUGUGCACAUAUGUUGGAGGGUUACAAGUCAUCAUACACUUCAACAGAUCAGAUAUGGCGGAUAAAUAUAUCCUCAAUAAGGGUUUGUGGCAGAAAAUGUUUAAUUGGUUGGUGUACGCCAGUAAGAAGGAACCAAGAUUUGAACGGAUUGCAUGGCUAAAGAUAAUGGGUGUUCUGCUCCUGGCUUGGGGGGAUACCUCCUUCGAAACCAUUGCCGUAAAUUACGGAAGGAUCAUUGAGCAUGAUAACAACCUAGAGACAUGCAUCGACAUAUCAUAUGGGAAGGUUCGGGUGAUUACUUCUAUCAGGAAGAAAAUCAAUGAGGAAUUUUCAGGUUCGAUAAACGGCAUAUCUUACAAAAUUGGGGUUUCGGAGAUCGAAGAGGACUGGUACCCCUUCAAACCUUUCACCACCUACCAUCUGGCUGAGUCGGAUGACGACGAGGAUAGAGGUGAUGAAGACGAAGAAGGAGCAGAUGAUGACGGUAAUAAGAAUAGAGGGAUCUCUGAAACAAUGGGAAUCGACGAUCUUGAGGACGGUAAGAUUGACCAGAAUGUAAAAUCCGGUGAAAUUCCGAGGAUGCGGGAGCCUGAUGACACAUCGCCGGUAGUGGUUGCUGAAUCGACUUCCUGGGAUGGCGGGAAUGCAAGUUCCAAAAAAAUAAUAACCGAAGACGUUGAGUCAAACCCACACGCGCAUAUCCCAAUUGUGGAUUCAUCUGUGUCUCGAUUCUUGGGCGAGACUUGGGUCGUGGGCCCUUCCUAUGAUCCAGCGGCUAUUGGGCCGUCUACCCCACCUGACGUUAAUCGCAAUCUGGCUUCUAAUACUAGCCCAGUAGAUGAAAAUGGAUCCCGGGUCAAAAGAAGGCGAAUUAAUAAGUCAAACUCCAAAUCCAGAUUUCAACCUUACUUAAAAUCGAAUCCCCUUUCCAGUGCUCAAACUCGCAAUAUGCCCCCCACGUUGAGUGUUGGGAAUACUGGUAACUUGCAGGUGAAUGAACCCUCAAUCGAUCUUAACAAAAUUUCGAACCUUGGUAUGGAUUCGACUUCUUCCCCUUUCCAGUGCUCAAACAAACUAUAA